UGUGGCCGCUGGCACGCAAAAGGCGUUCAUGUUGAUUCUAUCAAAGUGGAACGGUUUGCACUAAAUUUGGCCUUCCUUCGGGACUAGUACAGGGGAAUUUUCAUCUGUGGGCCCGAAGACCGUUAAAAAUAAGUUUUCGUUUUACUUUCUGUUUUUUUGAUUCACGCAGUCGGACGGCAGAAAACGGCGAAUCAUGCCAGUUCGCAAGGAAGAUGCAGGCAAGGCUCUUGAGCUGUUGGAGCGCUAUUAUGAAAAGUUAAACAAGCCACAAGAUCGAGCGCUCCGCACUGCCAUCGAAAGAGUAAUUCGGAUAUUCCAAAGUCAUCUAUUCUUGGCCCUUCUAGAUAUACAAGAGUUCUACGAAACCACGUUGUUAGAUGAUACCAAAACACCCGAACAGAAGGCAGAAGAAACGGAAGAAGCCGUACAAAGAUGGGCGAACAAUUCGCCGCCAGUGGAAUCUCCUCCACCGAGCUACUCGGACUUUGACAAGGCAAGUUCUGGCAAUUUCACAUACAUUUUAGAACGUUUUUAUGUAGGUCGUCACAUUUUUAGUUAGCAGUUGUCAGGAAAUCAGAUAAUGUGUGGUUGAAACUUCGAAAUAGCUAUUAGUAACAUUUGGAACUUGAAGACGUGGUUGUCAACUACAUGAACAGGUACGAAUGAAGUUAACAAACCGCGAGUAUGCAGCCGUUAAAAUAACUACAUGGCCUUGCGUGUAUCUGGGUCCGAAAUAUUGGUCAUUUCAUGGAGAAUAGACAGUACACUGUCGUUUUAAAGAUAUUGUGAAAUUUUCGGAUCGCCGCUGUUGUUUAUAAAUCACAAAUUACCCGCAAUCAGUUCAGUUGAAGUUAGUUUUUAUUACAACUCCAGUAAGGCUAAUUUCAGAAUUUUCGUAGCAUUGCCAGAUGGGAUAAUUAAGCUUUCUGUUGUCUCGGAUGUACCAACAAAACAAAGCAAACUAUUCUAAUGAGUCCAUUGCUACAUUAUAAUUUCAAAAUCUGUGAUCUAGUCAUUCUAUCAAAAUUUGGUUGUGAAUACCCAGAAACCAGACAUUCAAAUUUAAUGCAAGUUUUCCUGCUAUACGAUACAGUCGUUUGUUUAAAAGAUAAAUUUGAAUUAUUUCGAUGUUUGCACCAACCUACCUGUAGAUAAGCCUAU